AUGGUACUUAAGGACGACAGGGAUGGAAGAGUUCAUUGGCGUAAUUCUACUGCAGUUCUUUUCAAACAUUCGAGUUUAACGAACGACUUUCUCCUUCUGUUGGUGUCUCUAAAGAAGCCAUUAAAGAGAAAUAUGCUGUCGAAUAUGGAGACAAAUGUGUUUACAUUGACUUAUCGAAUUUUCAACAGCUCUUUAGCUCAGAUAUAUCGAAAUAAAUUGGCAUCUCUUGACCUAGACUAUAAAACACAACUGAAAGCCUCCCAAAGUCUCAAGGUUUGA